GCAGAUGGCAGCUGGCUGUGCGCUGUGAGCGGACUGGGAGGAUGUUGUUGUGGUGGUCAGAGAGCAGGAUGGCGGCGCUGGCUUCGGGUUUGGGUUCGGGUUCAUCCGCGCAGCUGUGCGACCCAAACACAAGACUGGCAGAUUCCCGUCUGAUCGUCUCAGCUGGUUUCUAAUUGGCCUGUGUGACAGCAUGAAUCAGGAGAAACUGGCUAAGCUCCAGGCGCAGGUGCGGAUAGGAGGAAAGGGCUCAGCGCGCAGGAAGAAGAAGGUGGUGCACAGAACUGCAACAGCAGAUGACAAAAAGCUCCAGAGUUCACUAAAGAAGUUAGUUGUCAACAACAUAGCUGGAAUCGAGGAGGUGAACAUGAUCAAGGACGACGGGACGGUGAUCCACUUCAACAACCCCAAGGUUCAGGCAUCUCUGUCGGCCAACACGUUCGCCAUCACGGGCCACGCUGAGACCAAGCAGCUCACAGAGAUGCUUCCCGGCAUCCUCAGUCAGCUAGGAGCGGACAGCCUCAGCAGCCUGCGCAAGCUGGCCGAGCACUUCCCCCGGCAAGCUCUCGACGGCAAAGCUCCCAAGCCAGAAGACAUCGAGGAAGAGGAGGAGGAUGAUGAUGAAGUUCCAGAUCUGGUGGAGAACUUUGACGAGGCUUCAAAGAACGAGGCCAUCUAGCGCGGUGGACCUCGUGGACCGGGCUGGACCGAGAAGACCCGGAAACGUCCCCACGCGUCCACGUUGUCCAGACAAAUCCCAUAUCAUUUGCAACAAUCCCAGAGACUUUUCUACAAUACAGCAACGCCCUCCUUAGUCAAGCUGGCGUGUGGAAAACCUGUUGGGUUUUUUUUGUUUUUUUGGUUAACGCUCAUCACCUUACUGUCAGUCAUCAUGGAGAUUACAUGCUUGACACAGAAAGUCUUAAUACAUUUUUUGUUGUUGUUGUUUAUGCCAAAAUAAAUGUGAUGAACAUUUUUUUA